AUGGCCAACAUCUUCGAAUCGAACGCGCCUCAAGACGGUGUCCGAGCGACCGAGUCUGCACAUCGAAAGAUUGAACUGCAGAGCCCAGCAGAUCUGACAUAUCUGAUUGCCAAUGUCACAAAAGCCGCGCGAGAGAAGCUCGAUCAACAUCUUCCGCCCGAUGCGGUGCCCGAAGGAGAAGAUGCCAUGAGGAAGAGAGUGGAACAGUUGGUCGACGAUUACAUUCAUUCCACCUUCAAUGCAGCCAAAGACAACAUCACAAUCAACGGCAUGGACACGCGAGAGAUUGAAGAAGAGCUAGCAAAGGCGCAAGAAGGAGAAGAACUUGAACCCUUUGACACGAAACUGGCGCAGAAGAUUCAAGCUCUUUCGGCCCAGAUUGAGUAUCAGACACUGCAAUUGGCAAAUUUGAGGCGGAAGGCGCCCAGAGAUACAGCGGAACAGUUCAAGACUGCAUUCGAGAGGCAGGCGGUGGAGUACGAGAAGAGGUUGGAGAAUGAGAGACUGGCGAGGAUGAAGGCUGCGCAGGAGAUGAACGUGGGAGUGGGUGAGGUGAAGAGGGUAGAAGAGAUGCAGGGCACGUGGCAGAGGGGCAAUGAAGAUCUAAAGAGACUGAAUGAAGGGAUGAGUGGUACUGUUGGGAAGCUAGAGAAGGCACAAAGAGCUGUGGAAGUCGUUGGAGAGAAAUAGUGGGGAUGGGAUGAUACACGUUUGGACGAGAUAUGAUACCCAGGAUACCGGCGUUUAUUGCUUGACAUUCUCUGAUGUCUAUUGCGAG